AUGGCUCCCAAGCCCUCUUCAUCCACAAGGGCGUGGGAUGGUCUCACACCCUCCCUGUCCGAAUGGACUCUAGAUGCUGUGGCCUCCAUGGGCUUCACGCGCAUGACCCCCGUUCAGGCCUCCGCCAUCCCUCUUUUUAUGGCGCAUAAAGAUGUUGUGGUGGAAGCAGUCACCGGAAGUGGCAAGACACUGUCCUUUUUGAUUCCAGUGGUGGAGAAGCUUCUCCGACUCGAAGACCCGCUCAAGAAGCAUCACGUUGGAGCCAUCAUCAUCUCUCCGACACGAGAAUUGGCAUCGCAGAUAUACCAGGUUCUUGUGUCACUAUUGGAAUUCCAUCCUCCUUCCGCCGCUGCCAUAAAGCCGCAAGAGGACGAUGCGCCUCGUCCGAAAUUAUCUUCCUCGACCUUGAAAGUCGUCCCACAACUUCUUUUGGGCGGUUCAACAACUCCCGCGGAGGACUUGAGUACUUUUCUCAAGCGGUCACCAAAUGUACUGGUGUCGACACCGGGAAGACUGCUCGAGCUUCUUUCGUCUCCGCACGUGCACUGCCCCCAGUCGUCCUUCGAGAUGCUCGUCCUGGACGAGGCAGAUAGAUUGUUGGAUCUUGGGUUCAAGGAGGACUUGCAAAAUAUUCUGCGUCGGCUGCCCAAGCAAAGGCGAACGGGACUGUUCAGUGCCAGUAUCAGCGAAGCUGUUGAUCAGAUUGUGCGGGUUGGCCUGCGGAACCCCGUCAAGGUUGCUGUCAAAGUGAAAGGGACGACCGGAGCCGUGGACAAGCGAACCCCCGCAAGUCUGCAAAUGACCUACCUGACCACACCGCCAGCCCUCAAAUUCGCCAUCCUAAAGCAAGUCCUCUCAUCUGUCCCACUCAAACCUCAAAAGACCAUUUUCUUUGUGUCGACUUGUUCCAGUGUCGACUACCUAUCUAUCAUUCUGCCCUUGAUACUAGGCGACGACUUCCACUUGGUGCCACUUCAUGGGAAACACCCAGCAAACGUCCGCCAAAAGAACUUCACCCGCUUCACCACAUCCACCACUCCCGCCAUCCUCCUAACCACCGAUGUCGCCUCCCGCGGACUGGAUAUCCCGUCUGUCGAUCUAGUCGUGCAGAUCGACCCGCCCUCCGACCCAAAAACCUUCAUCCACCGUUGCGGCCGCGCCGGCCGUGCCGGCCGCAGAGGCCUCAGCAUUGUCCUCCUACAUCCAGGGCGCGAAGAAGAUUACGUGUCAUUUUUGGAAGUGCGUAAAACCCCCGUGGCACCCUUCAUUCUCCCAAGCACAGUCUCCGAAGCCGAAGCAGCCAAGGAGGCCACGGACACCGUUCGUGAGGCCGUGCUACGGGACCGUGCACUCUACGACAAGGGCCAGAAGGCCUUCGUCAGCUGGCUACGCAGCUACAGCAAGCAUCAGGCUAGCAGCAUCUUCCGCGUAGAAGAUCUAGAUUGGGAAGCCCUCGGCAAGGCAUGGGGCCUACUCAGGCUACCAAAAAUGCCUGAACUGCGCGAGUUCACCGGAGACAAGAAGUUGGGCGUCGAUGUGGACUGGGAUAACUAUGCAUACAAGGAUAAGCAGCGAGAGCAGCGUCGAAAGGAGGUGAUGGAGGAGAAUUCGAACAGAGAUGCGGCGCAGCAGCACGCGUCUCGGAAGCGGCGUGCCAAUGAGAGCGUGGCGUGGAGCCAUAACCAGGAGUCGCGGGAGAAGAAGCUCAAGCGGAAGGAGUUCAAGAAGGCGCAGAAGGAGAAGGAGAGGUGGGAGCAGUUGCCGGAGGAUGAGAAGCAGAAGGUUCGGGAGACGGAGCGCAUGGUUGAGGAUAUUCGCGCAAAGAAUGAGCAGCAACGAUUGCUCAAUCGCGCGACGAAGACAGGCGCUGCGAAUGAUGGCUGUGGGGACGGGGAAGACGAGUUCCAGGGGUUUGAUUAG